UACACGGUCAUGCCUUUGGCUUAACCAACGCGCCUUCAACAUUCCAGUUAACCAUGAACGAAUUUUUUCGGCCGCUGCUGGAUAAAUGCGCUAUUGUGUACCUCGACGACAUCCUGAUAUACAGCACUACCCGGGAAGCACAUUUGAGGGAUUUGGAAGCAGUCUUCGCUCUCCUGCAGCAGCAGCGACUCAUCACCAAGGGUUCUAAGUGCGAGUUUCUGAAACAAGAACUGGAGUUUUUGGGACACGUUAUUUCCAUCGACGGUGUUAAAAUCGACCCGAAAAAAUUCGCGACCAUACAAGACUGGAAGCUGCUGGCUAAUCUCCGCGAACUUCAAAGUUUCCUGGGGUUUGUGAAUUACGUUCGCCGAUUCAUCCCGAACAUGGCGGGGGUAACUUCCCCUCUCACGGAUCUUCUGCAGAAAGGCAAGUUUUAUGAGUGGGGGGGAGAGCAGCAGGCUGCGUUCGACCAACUCAGACUUUUCCUAACAACACCUCCGGUUCUUUGCGUUGCAGAUCCUCACCGUCCGUUCGAACUCAUCACCGACGCUAGCGACCUGGCUGUUGGCGCAGUACUGUUACAGGACUUCGGCGCAGGCCUUCAACCCAUCGCCUACGAGUCACGAAAGCUGAAUCCGGCCGAGCAAAAUUAUCCCGUCCACGACAAGGAGUUACUCGCCAUCGUUCACGCAUUCAAGGUUUGGCGCUGCUACCUGACGGGCGCUGAUGUGACAGUCCGAACAGACCACAAAUCGCUACAGUUCAUCCGCGCCCAACCGACACUCAACCCCCGACAGAUUCGCUGGCUCGAUUAUCUCGAGUCGAAUUUCCACUACAGAGUCACCUACAAACGAGGGGCCAGCAACAUCGCCGACGCACUGACCCGCCCUUCAGUCCAUACCGCCGCUGUCCUAAUCACCCAAACCAAUCCGCUGCUAACUGGACUAUUUACCCACGGAUACAGUACCAACCCAUUCUUCACGACUAACAGUCAUCCCCAACUGACAGUCAAGCAGGGGGCUUAUCACCUAAAAUCCGGUACCAAUCGGAUUUGGGUUCCCGCUUACCGUACCCUACGCGACCUACUGAUACAGAAGGCACACGACUCGAAUUUCUCGGGUCACUACGGCAUCGACAAAACUGCCAAAUUACUGAGCCGUUAUUAUUACUGGCCCGAUUUGCCGACGGACGUGCAGCAGUACGUCACCUCCUGCGCCACGUGUCAACGCAUGAAGUCGUCACGACUUCGACCUGCGGGAUUACUGCAGCCGCUCGAGCCACCCUGCCGACCCUGGCAACAAGUGACGAUGGAUUUCGUCACUGGCCUACCAGCUGGUCCAAGCGGUAAUGACGCGAUUCUCGUCGUCGUUGACCGUUUGACCAAAAUGGCACACUUCGCCGCCUGCAAGACGACAAUCACUGCCGAGCAGACAGCGAAGCUGUUUCUCACGAACAUCGUGCGACUACACGGCAUCCCUUCGGCAAUCAUCAGCGAUCGCGACCCUCGGUUCACGUCCAAUUUCUGGACAAAAACCUGGCAGUAGUACGGCACACGUCUGCAUCUGU